AUUGUAGUGAUUAUGGAUUGCACAUACAAGACAAACAAAUAUGCAAUUCCCUUGCUUGAGAUUGUUGGACUGACUUCCACAGAUAAGACAUACUCCAUAGCCUUUUGCUACAUUGUUAAUGAGGGCACAGAUGACUACGUUUGGGCACUGGAGUGUAUGAAGUCUCUAUUAGCUGAUCAAGCCAUGUUGCCUAAGGUGAUUGUUACUGACAGGGAUCUUGCCUUAUUGAGUGCUGCUAAGCAAAGCCUUCCUAACACUACACAUUUAUUAUGCUUGUGGCACAUCAACAAGUGUGUUUUGGCAAAGUGCAAACUCUAUGUUGGCACAGAUGAUUUUGCUGAGUUGGUUAUGAUGAAGUGGGCAGAGGUGGUGGAUGCUGCAACAGUUGAAGAAUUUGAAGUGAAAUGGAUGCAAUUGUUUAAUAUGUGCAAGGCAAAAUACAGCAACUUUACCUCCUAUUGUUCUACUACAUGGUUGGUUCACAAGGAGAAAUUCGCCAAGGCAUGGACAAAUCAUGUGAUGCACUUUGGAACAACAACAAGUAACAGGGCUGAGGGUGCACAUGCCAGUUUGAAUAAGAUGUUACGGGAUUGCAAGGGUGACCUGGCCACUUCAUGGGAUGCGUCGCAUAGUUUGACAUGUAAUCGACAUACUGAAAUAUUAGCAUCGUUUGAGCGCAGUAUUCACAGAAUUGAUCACAUUUUCAUGUUCCCAUUUUACACAAAUAUUAGAGGAUUUGUGUCAAACAAAUGCCUGCAGCUCAUCGACGAUGAACAUAUAAGAAUGAAGUCCUACGGCAGAUGCGAUUGCUUGUUGAGAGAGACUCAUGGACUACCUUGCGGUUGUGAACUUGCAGGUUAUGAAAGAAUUCCAUAUGAGUCAAUUCAUCCAUUCUGGAAGAGACUGAGUUGGGAGCAUGUACCUGAACCUGUUGCAGAUACUACCAGCAACCAUAUUUGCGGCAUGAACCAUGGAGAUAUGCAACCAGAAGUUGAGGCAUUGACACAUUAUUUCAGUUCUUUGGAUACUGGAGGGCAGAGUAUGGUAAGGAGGAAGCUUCAAGCGAUCUAUUGUCCUGAAAGCAGUUCACUUUGUACUCCUGCGGUUAAGAUAAGGUCCAAGCGCACUCUUAAGGCGAAUGAGAAAAUACCACCUAAGAAUAAAGCAAUAGGAUCCUUGACUCGUGAUCUUUCAGGUUUUGAACAUGUUGAUAGGGAGAUCAGAGAGGCAAAGAAGGUUUCACAACCACCAAAGAAGAAGAAGCGUGUGAAGAAGUCUGAUACAAGCUAUUUCAUGGGUCAUUUUCCAGCCUUUUUCGUGUUGCUUCUGAAUAAUUUCGUGUACCCUUUAAACUGUUUGCCAUGAAUUAUUUAUGUUACUUAUCCUGCCUUUGAUUAUUUACGGUGUAGUUAUACGGGUUUUUUUCAAUACAAGAGUCGGCAUAUAAUGAGUGAAAAUAGAA